AUGACUGGUAACAUCACGUCCGACUAUAAGUUCAAGCAUGGAUGCCCACACUCGCUAGUUGAAGAUAUGUCACUCACCAAGGAAAUAGCAGUUACACCCACUCAGGCCAAGAUCAUCCGGCAUCCAAUUGAGAAGAAGAAAACCCUCAACAUCAUCUCAGGUCCCGGUGCAGGCAAGACAACGACUCUUGUGAACAAAGUAGCGUAUAUGAUUGGGGAAGAGAUUGUGAAACCUGAGAAAGUAUUGGUGUUGAGCAUGACUAAUAGAGCGGUUGAUGGGUUCCUUUCUCGGUUACAGGAUCAAUUGGAUGAAGAGACUGCGGCAUUGACCGAUAUUGAGACAUUCCACGGCCUAGCUCACCGUGAAUUGAUGAAGUACGACCCGAGCUACGGGUUCUCGGAACUAAUUGAGGACCCAGGAUGGCGUGUACUAGGGAUGAUGUCUGGUGUGAAGAGAAAGUUUGAGCUACAACGUAUAGUUGAGCUCCUGAAGACCAGGGGACUAACAGCUGAUGAGCGUGAUGAGAUUGCUUCAGAGCACAGACUCUCAAGAGAAACUAUUGAUGAACUGUUCAAGAUUCUGGAGACUUCACAAGCAGUGACGUACAAUGAGUUCUUAAGAGACUACAAACGACUGCUAAGAGAUGGGAAGAUCAAGACAGACUAUGACGUUGUUAUUGUUGACGAGUUCCAGGAUGUCUAUCCUGAAUUGUGGGAGCUGGUGGAACUGUUAGCCAGAAAUUCACACUUGAUAGUCGCUGGCGAUCCAUACCAGAGUAUCUACGGAUUCCUUGGUGACAAUGGUAUAGUACAAAGCCAACUAGAGCACUUCCAUGAAAUGGACAGAGUUGAAAUGUACGACUGUUUCAGGUCUCCGCCAGAGGUCAUCAAAUCGUCUGAGUACAUUAUUGAAACAGACCGUGGAGUUAAAUCGUACCUCAAAGGUGAAAAGCCUAUAUUGAUGAAGAUGAGAGACUCAACAGAGCAGUUUGAAUAUGUCAUUGAUGAAAUCAUGAGGCUGGUAACAGAAUCAAACGAUGCUGUGAAGUUGGGCGACAUCGCAGUGCUAACAAGAACCAAUAGGGAACUGGAGGAGUUGAUCAAGAUGUUGAACAAGUACGGAUUGGACACUUUGAAACUAAGCUCGUCUCCUUCAUGGUGUGAUGGCAAUCUCUUCUACCUCGUGGACUAUAUGCGUAUCCUGAACAACCCUCAGAGAUCUCACUUUGCCGUGAUAUGUACCUUAUUGCUAUUGCCAGAGAUUGGGCCUGUCACUGUGAGGAAUAUUGAAGCAAGGGCAAGACGCAACAAGAUGAGUCUUUACGACUAUUUAGUUGAGCACCGUGACAAGCUGAAACCUCAGUUACAGGCCUAUAUUGAUGUCAUGGAAGACAUGAGACUGAGCUUGGAUCCCAACAGCACGAGCGACAUAAUGGAUAAGCUGCUGAUCAUCGCUGAUGAAUUGGGGCUACGUAAGUUCCUCUCGAGGAGUAUACUGUUUGAUGAUGAUAAGAACCACGUCACGACCCAGGUCUUAGACUUUAACGAAUCUUUGAAGAUGUUUGCCCAUUUGAAGCCUGAUAACCAAACAGUGCUGGAGUACUUCCUGCAAUCGUACAUGGAUCGCUUACCAAUAUCGACGGUGAAGGAUGCGGUUAAAGUGAGCACGAUUCAUUCAUCAAAGGGACUCGAAUUCCCAGUGGUAUUCAUGAUAGGCUCUAAGCCAGCGUUGUUGCCUCGAGAGCACUUAAGCCCUGAAGAUCGAAGAGUGUACUACGUUGGAAUGACAAGAGCCAAACAUUUGCUAUACAACACAGUUGUUGAGAAUAAGGACUGGCCCAUAGAUAUGGGACGCAUAAAGAAGGAGGCUGGCCAUCUGUUUCAAUUCAAUUCUCCAGUUCUUUCAGAACCUCGCAGCCUCUAAUAGUGUCUUCGCUUAUCAAAGGACUCAGACUUUUGCAAAGAACUCGCUAAAGGCACAAUCUACUUCUUCUUCUUCUCAACCUUGUUCUUCUUCUCAACCUUGUUCUUCUUCUCAACCUUGUUCUUCUUCUCAACCUUGUUCUUCUUCUGUACUUUGAUUGGAGCAGAG